UGCAAAGCCAAGCUGCUCCCUUCUGCUUUGCUACAGUUUUGACUGAGUGCUCCGGUUCAGCUUUGUCCUGGGAAAGGUGGGGAGGGACUCUCAGGUCACAAAUGUCUGGAUUUAUUGCCUACGUGGCUCCAUAGCACAGGACACAUGGGAUGCACAGAUGUCCCAGCACCGCCCACCUGCUGGGGACCUUCCCACUGGCCUUGCAGUCACCAUCGCAAGCAGUGACAAAGAUUUGCACCGAGAUAUGCAGAUUUCUGCUUUGGGAUUCAGGAUGAGUGGAGGCAUCUGAGAGGGAAUUACCAUUAUUUGUGCUUCUCCUGUUAUGAAAUAUCUCGGAGUGUAAGCAGCAGGGGAGGAAAUGAAGGAGACCAUGUCGUCUGGGGUCAGGACAGGUUGGUGGGGACCUGGCAUGAUUGCCUCCCCAUUCUGAUUCCCUUUCCCCACCACCUCUUCAGGGCAAAUAACAACCCCAUUCCCUUCUUCUUGCCCCACAGCAGAGGACAGCAUGACCACAUCUAUCCUAUGCUAGGGCUGCCUCAACCACCUUGGUGACACCCCCCAAGACGAGCUGUGAGGAUGCGUGCUUGGAAGGCAGUAGCCAGCACCUUGGCACUCAGCGGGGCUGAUGUGGUGGUCACCACACUGCUCUACACCCAUGGCCGGGGCGGCCGGGAUGUCCUGCAGGACUUGAGACACUUUAACAUCUUCAACUCUUUGCUGGACAUCUGGGGGGGUUGCCUUUACCGCAGCUGUGUGCUGCUGGGGGCUGCCAUUGGGGUGGCCACCAAUACAGCCUAUGGCCCCCGGCGUCUCAGGGCAUCACGGACCUUCAUCGCUGUUGUCUGUCUCCUCAUGGGCAUCUACAUGAUGGUGAAGCUGCUGCUCUACUCAGAGGUGCGGAGGACCAUCAAGGACCCCUGGUUCUGGGGCCUCUUUGCCUGGACCUACAUAGCACUGGCAGCCACUUUUGGGCAAUGGCAGCUUCUGGCCUGUGUCACCUCCUCCCGUGAGGCUCUGGGGACCAGCUCCGAGUCCCGUGCUGAGGUGGAGGAGACCUGCGAUGGUGCAGCCCUGAGGGACAAGAGAGAAGAGGCAGCAGGUCCCACCAUCCAUAAACUGCUGUCCUACACCAAGCCAGAUGCCUUCUUCUUGGGCAUUGCCUCCUUCUUCCUCCUUGUGGCUGCACUGGGAGAGACCUUCCUGCCCUACUACACGGGGCUGGCCAUCGACGGCAUCGUGGUGCAGAAGAGCAUGGACCGCUUCUCCACAGCAGUGCUGGUCAUGUCGCUGCUUGCCAUAGGAAGCUCAUUUGCCGCAGGUAUCCGGGGCGGCGUUUUCACGCUCAUAUUUGCCAGGCUGAACAUCCGUCUUCGCAACUGCCUCUUCAGGUCCUUGGUGUCUCAGGAGAUGAGUUUCUUUGAUGAGAAUCGCACAGGGGACGUCAUUUCCCGCCUGACAUCGGACACAACCAUCGUCAGUGACCUGGUCUCCCAGAACAUCAACAUCUUCCUGCGCAACGUGGUGAAGGCCACAGGGGUGAUCUUCUUCAUGUUCAGCCUCUCCUGGAAGCUCUCACUUGUCACCUUCAUGGGCUUCCCCAUCAUCAUGCUGGUGUCUGAUGUCUAUGGGAAGUACUACAAGAAGCUCUCCAAGGAUGUGCAGAGUGCCCUGGCCAAGGCCAACAACACUGCCGAGGAGACCAUCUCUGCCAUGAAGACUGUCCGCAGCUUUGCCAACGAGGAGGCGGAGGCCAACGUGUACUGGCAGAAGCUGCAGCAGGUUUACAAGCUCAACAAGCGGGAGGCCCUGGCUUACACCUACUACGUCUGGUCCAGCGGGAUCACUCUACUGGUGGUCCAGGUCAGCAUCCUUUACUAUGGUGGGCACCUCGUGAUCUCAGGGCAAAUGACAAGUGGAAACCUGAUUUCAUUCAUCAUUUAUGAGUUUGUCUUAGGAGACUGCAUGGAGUCUGUCGGCUCCGUCUACAGCGGCCUGAUGCAAGGGGUGGGAGCUGCUGAGAAGGUGUUUGAGUUCAUCGACCGCAAGCCAACGAUGGUGAGCGACGGAUCCCUGGCCCCAGACCACGUGGACGGGAGGGUGGAGUUCAGGAACGUGACAUUUUCCUACCGCACUCGCUCUUCGACGCAGGUCCUGCAGAAUGUGUCCUUCACCCUGCACCCCGGCAAAGUGACGGCGCUGGUGGGUCCUUCAGGGAGCGGGAAGAGCUCCUGUGUCAACAUCCUGGAGAACUUUUACCCUCUUCAAGAUGGGCAGGUGCUGCUGGAUGGGCGUCCCAUUAACAUGUACGAUCACAAGUACCUGCACUCAGUGAUCUCCCUGGUGAGCCAAGAGCCGGUGCUGUUUGCCCGCUCCAUCGCAGACAAUAUUUCUUAUGGCUUAACUUCAGCUUCCUUUGAGUCAGUCGUUCAGGCUGCCCAGAAGGCCAACGCACACACCUUCAUCACUGAGUUGCAAGAUGGCUACCACACAGAGGCAGGUGAAAAGGGAGCACAGCUGUCAGGUGGCCAGAAGCAGAGAGUGGCAAUUGCCAGGGCCUUGAUUCGAGCUCCCCCAAUCCUAAUCCUGGAUGAAGCCACGAGUGCACUGGAUGCAGAGAGUGAACAUGCGAUUCAGCAGGCGAUUUAUGGCGACUUGCAGAACCACACGGUGCUUGUCAUAGCUCACAGGCUGAGCACUGUCGAGAAGGCACACAACAUCAUUGUGCUGGACAAGGGCCGCGUGGUGCAGCAGGGCUCGCACAAGGAGCUGAUGGAAGAAGGAGGCCUUUAUUCCAAGCUGGUGCAGAGACAGAUCCUGGGACUGGAGGGAAGCACUGCGGACAGUCACCAACCUGCAGCCCGGGGGGAUUCAGCGAAGGCACCCGGCGGGUUGGAGGAGGACUUCAGGAUAGACCAUUCCCAGCCGGCUGCGGCACAGGACGAUUACACCAGCGCGGCCCACAAGUGAGAGGCCGAGGGCCGGCGCUGCGGACGCUUGCUGGGACGGGCGGCAGCUUGCCGAGGGGCGGCGCUGCAGAGCGCUGCCCGUGUGCUCCCCGCGCGUCGCACCCCUGCACACACCGCGCACCGCGGAGCUCCGCGCACCGCGGGCCCGCGCCGCCUGCUCACACAGGCAAACGGAUCCCUUCAGGGGAGCUGGGUCUGCAGCAAUUCCCAGCCUUUCUACUGGGCUGCUUUUCUUACUACCAGUGACUCCUCCGACUGGGACUUUCCUCCCAUUGAUAUGCAUGUCUAGCUGCUACUAACCGUAAUGGAUGUUAAGUGCAUGCAUGGAGGGGAAGAUUGAAAACCCUUCCGGGAAUUUCAGGGGGUGGCUUUUGUGGCUGGAUAGAAGAAGGGUGAGUGUAAAACAAGGUCUUCUCCCGCUGUCAAUCUAUGGGGGCCAGUCCAGCAUCAGCUGAAGUCUGUAGGGAGCUCCUUUUGGCUUCUGUGAAAACUGGAUCAGUCCCAUGGCUCUGAACACCAGGAGAGGUUUGCACCGAGUGCCUGCAGGCUCAGGCUCACAACCAUUGCUGCUUAGCUUGUAUCAUGUAGUCACCAUCCUUGCUGGAACCAGCCAGGGGGCCAGGAGGCAAGAGGUCGCUUUCAGGUUUGCCCGUGGUGCUUGGUGGGUGUUUGUUUUCAAGGACGACUUUUACCUUAAUGGGGUUUUUGGUUUGGUUGCUUUUGUUGUUUGUUUGAGGUUUUUUUUGUUUGUUUCGGUUUGGUUUUGGGGCUUUUUCGAUAUGUUUCUGUGCACUGUGCAAAGUCUGUCUGGCUCCAGCCUCCAUUGAAAAUUGGUCUUUUUUAACUCAAAACCCAGGUGCUGGUUGGAGGGGAAAAAAAUUAAAUAACCAAAAUGACACACUACACCAGACAGGCAUAAACUACUGAAAUACAGCACUUUAUAAAUCCCACCAAAGCUUCCUUCAGUUUCAGGCUGUGCUGGCGACUUCACUGCAUGGGUACAGUCACUUUCCUUGAAGUCCAGCUUCAGCUGCCUGAACUUUAAAAUGUCUUUCUUUGAAUAUUAUUUAUUAACUUUUAGUACAAGGGAUGGACAGGAAUAUUUUGCUCCUAGCCCUUUUGGGUAAUGGCUCUGGCUUAGUAGUGUUCUCCUGCCAUGGCUUGGUUAACAAAAAAACAACUAUGCAGCCAGGCAGGUGCUGGUGAAUAAUAGCAUUUAUGUGGGGAAGGUUGACUUCAGACUGCGUGUAGUUAAGGAACUGUCUCAAGCACUUUAGCUCUCAUGUUUUCAGAUAUUUGAAUGCUGCUGUGUUCUACUUUUUGGCAGGUUUGCAUUUUUGUUGUUUGCAAUGUUUUGUGGGGUUUUUUUUUCUCUGUUUAGUGAUGUUUUACAAACUCUUUAGUGUCCUUGAGGAGGGAUGCUCAAAAAAUAAAAUACUACCUCUGCCACUCAA